AUGUCUUAUCUGAGCAAUUCCAUCUUCUGGCUUCCUUGGCUGCUCUGCAUCUUUGCCAGAGUCAGUUCGGCCUACAAGCUUUCGAACAUCCCUCACAACGCGACUGAGAAUGUGUCAGACGGGGUUGAAAAACUCGAGGAGCUUCUGGACAAGGCCAUGGCCGGUGACAUGAAGGAGUUGGACCACCUGCCCGAUCCGGAGGAGAAGGGCGAGGAGGGGGCGCAGGAUGCGGGCGGGGGUGAGCUGGGCAAGAGCUUGGAGUUCUUGAUGCUCAAGGUCGCCCAGCUUGAGACCCUCGCUGAGUUGCAGCAGACCGAGCUCGGCAUGCAGCAGGAGGAGCUCGCUACACAGCGUGCUCUGAUUGAGAAGCUGCAAAAGAAAGUGGAUCCCGAGGAAGCGGAGGUCUCAGUGGCGCAGGAACAGAAGAUGAAGGGUUCGGAGGAGAGAGUGCAGGAAGCUCAUGACCUCCUGAAGAGGGUGGUCCAGAAGCAUGCUCGCCAGCGUGCGGACAAGGAGUACCAUCCGGAGGCCCACAAGCGGAAGCCCAAGAAGCCGAAGCACGAAGAGGUCGAGGAGGGAGUGGCUUCAGAAUCUGGCUCUCUGCUCCAAGAGGAACACCGUGAUGCAGGGCUGCUGGGCCCGUUCAAGAAAGCCUGGGACGCCGGCACAGGCGCCAUCGAGGGAUUUACAGAUGAGGUCUCAAGUCAAAUCCACAGCGCCGUUGAGAGUUUGGACGGCACUGGGCUCACCGGUGGCGCCUUGACCGAGGCCUACAAGCGCGCCAAGGAGGCCGGGGAUGCCGCCAAGUUCGUGGCGAAGACGAAAAUCGCCACUCUGGAGAUGGCCGUGUCGAUCCUGACAGGAGGCUUCGGCGACUGGUCGGGGAGUUGCACCACUAAUCUUCCAAGCGUCGGCAUGAGUGGCGGCGAGUUUUUUGUCGACUUUGGGCACAACAAAUGCUCGAUCUCUUUGAUGAAUCAAGAAGCCAAGCUCUUCGAUUGGAACUUUGGGAGGCACGCCGUAAGUCUCAACAAGAUGAUCGAGCAGAUCCCCCCUUUGAGCUACCUUACGCGCAUGACAGACAUCCUCACUGAGGUCAUCGAGGUCUUUGCCAAGGUAGCCGGGACGGUUGUGCAGAGGGCGAUGGAGAGAAGCACCUCCCUGGUGCAAACGGCUGCCACAGCUAAGUUUCCUGCUAUCGGAGAGGUGCCGGUGACGCACCACAAGAGCAGCAACCUCCUCAUCGAGUCGCACACACGGCAUGCGCCUGUUCAACAGAUGGCUGCCAUUCAAACAGAUGCCCGAGAUUCAGAGGCCGGCGACGACGGUACCAUCACCUACAAAAUGGGCAACAGCAACGACGUCCAUGCCUCAAAGCUGCUCACCCAGUUCAACGGCAGGGAGACGGACACCAGCUCUUGCUUGGCUUUUGCCCCAAAGAACAAGAACGCGGACGGCAGUGUGAACAAAGAGCACUGGCAGGUUGCCCACGAUAAGAACCCCCCCUUCCUCCAGCUCGAGCCUUAUGCAGUGCCCUGCGACAACACCUGGAUGAAAGACCACUGGGACAAAUGGCAAGGCUACACGUUCUACACUCAGCCAUCGGCCAUCGAGAAGUGCGUGACUGUGACUUUCAGCCUGGGAAUGCAGCCUGUCGUGGCCUUCGUCGGGGGUUUGCAAUUUGAGAUCUUGCCGAAGCCUCUCUUCGAGCUGGCCACCACCGUCUGCUGGCCGAACCAGCAACCGGGAGGUGUCGACUUGAGCGUCCUUCGAUCCGAGGUGAAGUCUGCAGGCAUCGUGCUCUUCAGCCGCACCUUGCGCCUGACCAAGCGCUUCGGCGAAGGCACGGACUUCACCUCUUGGAACUACAAAGGUGGCUUCUCGACCUGGCGAACGGAUGUAGGCAUCGCCACGGGGGAGACCAGGGUGCCCAAUGACCGGCUUAGCCGCACCCGCUUUUUCCUGGAGACCAACCAGAGCCACAGCCGCCAGAGCCAGGGCCAGGGCCACCAAGAGGAGGAGUCCGACUCAAACUCCGAGGAUGAAGCUGAAACUGUUUGGAAGACGGAGUCCGAGAACCUGUACCUGGCGUCUGUGGACUACGGCGUGGACCUGAAUACCUCUCUCAAGAAGACCUUCGAGGCCUACGGCGAGGAGGCUGCCAUGCACAUGGGCACCGAGAAGCUUGGGAAGGACGUCUUCAAGCUCUUCAGCUUCAGGAACCCUGGGUUGGUGAACUUCAAGGUCGAAGGCCUCAUGAACGGCAACAUCCUUGAGAUGGGCCUGGAGAUGGCAUUCGGCCCAUACAGCAGUCCUUCGAGGAGGAUCCCUUUGGUGGACAUCGCGCACCAGUUCUCCAUCAUUCUUUCGGGCAUACCCUUCGUGUCGAGUCAAAGCAAGCUCAAGGCCAUCGCCGCACUCAACGAUUUCUCCGGCAAAGACAUGGGCAAGACGCGGGGCCUGCCCCUGAAGCCGGGCUCCAUGAUCGCGGUGUACAGCCCGCAUUGCCGGCGGUUCCUGCAAAUGCACGCAAAUGUACACCUGGCGACCACGGAGGAGAUGAACGGCCAUGGAAUCCCCGAUUCCUGGACAUGGGAACGCUUCACGGUUGUGGACGCCGGGAACGGGGAGAUCGCACUGCACAACGCGUUUUUCAACCGCUUCGUGAAAAUAGACGGCGUCAGCGACCAUAAGAACGUGCACGAGUUGCCCCACGACUGGACGUCUGAACGCUUCAAGGUCGUGGAGGUCGGCAACGGGGAGAUGGCCUUCUACAACCCGACCCAGAACAGGUUCCUGCUAAUGGGGGCGAACCGUGUGGGACACAGCAACCAUCCCCCUAACCCUCCAAAGCUCCCAUCCGACUGGGGCUGGGAGCGCUUCCGCGUCGUGGCAGCGGAGAGGAUUUUGGUUCCAGGCACCUCGGUCGCCCUUCACAACCAGCUUUUCAACCGCUUCGCACAGAUGCACGGGGGAAACAUGGAGAGGAGUCCGGAAAAGGCGGCGGUCGAGUUUCCCGAGUAUUGGACGUGGGAGCGCUUCACUGUGGUGGAUGCUGGACAUGGACAGAUCGCUUUGCACAACACCCUCCACAAUCGCUUCGUCAAAGUGGGCGGAGCCAGCGGUCACAAGCUGGUAGAUCAGCUUCCUGCAGACUGGGUUUCCGAGAGGUGGGACGUUUGGCCAGCUGGCAAUGGCCAAAUCGUCUUGCACAACAGACACCACAACCAACUUCUUCGCAUGUCAGAUCACACGGUGGACGACAGCGCCCAGAUGGAUCCAAAAAACUUGCCAGACAAUUGGGGUUGGGAGCGUUGGCAAGUGGUGCAUGUGAAGCCGUACCUUCAGCCGGGUACCACGGUGGCCCUCCGUUGUCCAUUCCACGGCCGCUACGUCAUGAUGUACCCAGGUGCUCCACAGGCCCUACUACUCGAGAAGGAGAGCCACACUCAGACUCAGAACCACACUCUGAACCUUCCAGGAGGUUUUUUCAGAGACAUGACAUCCAGAUUUACAAUGCCAUCAUUUUCCUUCGAUCCCUUGGGACUCAAACGCAAGGCGGAAGAGGAGAGGCAACGGCGUGCGCAAGAAUUGGCCGAGGAAGCGGCUCGUCAAGCCGCGCUGAGAGGCACCAUCGGCCGCAGUGCACACCAGGAUGCUCAUGGUGUGCCCGACUUUUGGACCUACGAGCGCUUCACCGUCAUUGAUGCCGGUAAUGGGCAGGUGGCCUUCCACAACAGCCUCCACAACCGCUACCUGAAGAUGGAUGGUGAGAGAAUGCUAGUUAGCUCGCCCAUGGCUCCCGACGCUUACCCAUCUGACUGGAGUUGGGAACGCUUCACGGUGCUCCCUGCUGGGAACGGCGAGUUCAUGUUCCACAAUUCUGUGCACAACCGCGUGAUCAGGAUGACGGAUGACGGCAGCAACAAGGUGGAUUCCAGCAGCCACAUGGACCCGCAGAACAUUCCGGAGCAUUGGCCUUGGGAGAGUUUCCAGAUUGUGCCCGUGAGGCCCUACUUGCAGCCCGGCACUGUGGUGGCCCUGCAUUGCGCUGUGCACAACCGCUACAUCACUAUGAAUGGAGAUUCUGUCCAGCGCAGCGCGGAGAGGAACCUCAACGACUUGCCUCCCAACUGGUCCUGGGAACGCUUCACCGUGGUGGACGCCGGCAAUGGCCAGGUCGCAUUCCACAACGCCGUUCACGGCCGCUUCCUGCAAAUGAAGGGUGAGACGAUUGGAGGCUCCAAGCCCUACCGUAUAUCCGAUUUGGGGAGCGACUGGACGUGGGACCGCUUCACCGUCGUGCCUAGCGAUCACGGCCAGUUUGUGUUCCACAACACUUUCCACAAUCGAAUGAUUCGUAUGACCGACCACACCGUCGACAGCAGCAGCCACAUGGCACCCCAGGAUUUGCCGGUUGAAUGGACUUCUGAGCGCUUCCGCAUCGUCACCAUCACCGACGUCCGGGAGUCUUCCCACGUCCACGCGACCUUUGACUGA